CUUCCUCCCUUCCUUUCGUUGGACACGCAAGUGGUAACCAGCCCUCCCUCCUUUGGGUGAAGAGUCCCCUUCCGUCAGCUGUCUCGCAAGCCUCAGACAAAUCAUGAAGUUUUACGGACUCAUUCUUCUGCUGGGCGGGGCGGUGAUGACCGUUUCGGCCAAGACCGUCCACCUCCCGCUGAGGUCUUUCUCUGCCGAUGCAGACGGUCGUAGCCCGCGUGGGAUCACGAAAUACCAGCGCAGAGAGACCAAUGCCUCAUCUGGUGUGAACGUGCCCGUGACGGACUGGUUCAACGGCACAGACAACCAGUGGUACACCACCUUCAGCGUGGGCACGCCACCGCAAAACUUCACGGCGCUGUUCGACACGGGGUCUCCCUCCUUCAUCGUCGGUGCGAGCAACUGCACCACCUGCGGCGACAAGAAGUUAUUUGACCCCGAGCUGUCCAGCACGUAUGUGGACGAACCGGGCCGCUUCGUCAGCUACCUGUUCAGCACGGGGGCCGACUCGCUCCCAUUUGCCGAGCCUGAGGGUGCAACGGGGUAUGAGGUGCAGGAUACCAUCUCGUUGGGGGACCUGACGGUCGAGAACCAGACUUUUGUGCUCUGUGUCACUAUGGCUGAGGCUCUUGAUGUCAUGCCCAUCGAUGGGAUUAUGGGGAUGGGCUUUCCCGAAGCUGACAGCUCCUGGUACUGGAACCUCGUCGACGAGGGCCAGCUGGACUCGAGCGUCUACAGCUUCUACAUUCCCGCCGGCGACAUCGACGGCGGCGAGGUGACCCUGGGCGGCAUCGACGACACCAAGUACGAAGGCGACCUGAACUGGGUGAAGCUCAACAUAGAGAGCAAGCUCUUCGGCUCCUACGUGGUCGACUGGGUGGCCAUCUACGCCAACGGGCAGCUCCUCAACAACGGGACCUCGCCCACGACAGGCGCCGCCGUCGCCAUGCCCACCAACGGCCUCGCCAUCCUCGACACGGGCACGGCCUUCAUGCAGACGCCCGACUACGCCACCGCUGUCAACCUGUACGCGCAGAUCUCGCCCAACAUCACGCUGAUCGACCCGGCGGGCGCGUGGGGAGCACCUUGCGACGAGUUGGAGAGCAUCGCGCCCGAUCUCACCUUCACGAUUGGCACGGCGGCCACGGCGAUCAAUGUGACCAUCCCUAAGGCCUCGUUCAAUCUGGGCGAGUACCCUGGCCUGGACGGCAUCUGCCAGGCGCUGUUCAAUAACCCGUCGGAUGGGAUUGGGUCCAGCUGGUUUGUCGGCAAGAAGGCUGAGUGGCUGGUGGGUAGUCCUCUGAUCAAGCAGUAUUAUACGGCUUGGGAUGCGGAUAAUCUGCAGGUUGGUUGGGGCCAGCUGGUGGAUGGCCCUGGGUUUACUGCCGAGUAAAUGUAGAGGAAGUUAGGCCUAAAAGAAAUGAGGAGAGAAAAGAAGGAAAAACGAAAAAGAUAAAAGCCCAUCUACUGUUGAGGUUGCGUCUGCAGUCCCCCUCCCCCCUCUCUUUCUGUGGUCCUUGUGUCACAGGUGAUGAAAUUCGAGACAACCCCUGAGUGAGUGCGAGCCUCUGGACAUGAUUACUUCUUUGUCGAUGAUGAGGAGCCACGAAUCCAGAUUUCAGUCUUGGUAGAUCCUGUAUUUCCAGGGCUUCUUCCUUUUUUUCUCUCGCAAGUGUAGUAGAAUUAAUUACCUAUUUUAGUGUAUGUUUUGC